CGUCGAGGCGGUGCAGCAAUAUUGCACGUUUCAACAGCAUGGGAAAAAAACAAGCCAAGCGAAGCGUCACGAUGCCGCAUCCGACAUCUACUGCUUGCGAUAUUCAGUUAGAUCAGCGCGGCGACGGUCUCUACAGUGGCACGUUUCGAUGGACCGACCGCAAAGCAUUUCCACCGUUGCCUCCGCGACAUCCUGGUGCUACUAUCCCAACGGACCCGCUCGAACGGGGGUGGCAAGGGUACCUGUCGCAGUGCCAUGGCACCCACAACAUCGUGCCCAUGGCCGCCCAGGACCCCUCCUUCCUCGACGCUCUGUCGUUCCCCAUGACGUUUGUCUACGCCGCCAAGGCCUUGCACCUCAUGGACACUGGCGGUGGUCAAGACCGGCACGUUGUUGUGAUUGGAGCAACUGUGAAAGCCGAGCAGCGAAUCUUUGAUCUUACCAAGUAUUGGAACGAGAUUACCGCGUUCUUUCCAGAGCUGCGCAUGACGCUGUGGUUCGUCGGUCCUGAAGUGGUCCCGCAUCGAGGGUUCCACGCUUCUUCGUCCACAACUACAUUUCUUGAAGUCCGCUUCGUCCAAGCCACGGCUGGGUCGUUCCUAGCCACCCAUUCCUCGACCUUGACACCACAUAACGCAGUGAUGGUGGGGUAUAACACUGGGUUUGGCAACUUUAUUGAGUCGAAUCGGUUCGAUUUGCUCUGGAGCUGGCUCCCCGACUUGAUGGCCAUUGCAGACUCGAACAUCCCGACAGUGUUUACCUGUGCUAACGACUACGCAGAUUUGAAUGGCGAAUUUGCCAUCCAGUCGCGACUUGUCGGAGCGAAUUUUGUGCUUCUGCCAAAGGAGAACCCGUUCUCUGCCGCCUCGCAUCUCCAUGAAGAAAACAAAAAAGACACGGCGUGGUCUCGAGCCAACAGCUUUUUGUAUGUCGUCCAAGGGGGCGAUCUGGCACGCAGGCAUCACCUCAAUCACGGCGAUUUAGCUGGUCUCAAUUCACGGUUGGAUGAACCUUUGGACUUGCACUUUCAGGAUCGCCUUGGCCGGCACUUCUUCAAAGGCAUGGUUCUCUCGAAGGACCAAGCUGCGAGAAGCAAGCUUCUCCAACAACUACAUGGUGCGAACUCCCGAACAUUGCCUUGCCCAGGUUCGACUGGCACACCGCCCUCAGUUGAUCUGGCUACAGUCACGAGCGCCAUCAAGGAAUGUGUUGUGGGCGAUGCUGACGAUAAUCAAGGCAGCCACGAUAUUGCCACACCUGAAUACACCAUCGUAUCCAACGCUGCCAAGACCGACAUGCGCAUCACCAUCUCAACGCCAAGCAUGGAAACUUCGCAAAAUAUGCAACUUGACGUAUCUGGGCGAGCACUGCGAUUCGUAGUUCCUGGCAUGUACUUCCUGGAAUUGGAUCUGCCAUGGGACGUCGCUUCCUCGGGCGACGCCAUGCAGGCCGUGUACGUGAAGAAGACACGGACGCUCUGCAUCGAGUUGCACUCCACGCAAUAUUUUGUUUAGAUUUGUGUAACCGGAUAAAUGGACAACUCCGGAUAACCGAAAAGAUCGUGAUUUUUC